CCUUGGGCCUAUAAAGGCGGUGCCGGGCGCGCCACCCUCGCGUUCUGCUGCUCCUCCUCGCGCGGUCGUCUGUCUCUGAAGUUGUCUGCCGGGCUCAGCUGUUCUGUCAACAUGUCGGCGGGAAAUGCUAAGAUUGGGUUCCCAGCCCCCAAUUUCAAGGCUACAGCUGUUAUGCCCGACCAGCAGUUCAAAGACAUCAGCCUUUCUGACUACAAAGGAAAAUAUGUUGUGUUGUUCUUCUACCCCUUGGACUUCACCUUUGUGUGCCCCACGGAGAUUAUUGCGUUCAGUGACCGGGCUGAAGAAUUUAAGAAACUCAACUGCCAAGUGAUCGGUGCUUCAGUGGACUCUCACUUCUGUCACCUUGCCUGGGUCAACACAGGCAAGAAGGAAGGUGGCUUGGGAGCUGUGAAUAUCCCCUUGCUGUCCGACCCCAAACGAACCAUUGCUCAAGAUUAUGGGAUCUUAAAAGCCGAUGAAGGAAUUUCAUUCAGGGGUCUCUUCAUCAUUGAUGAUAAGGGCAUCCUUCGCCAGAUCACCAUCAAUGACCUUCCUGUGGGCCGCUCUGUAGAUGAAACACUGCGGCUUGUCCAAGCCUUCCAGUUCACAGACAAGCACGGGGAAGUGUGCCCUGCUGGCUGGAAACCUGGCAGCGAUACCAUCAAGCCUGACGUCCGGGGCAGCAAAGAAUACUUCUCCAAGCAGCACUGAGCUGCUCUCUGGCCAGGGCUGCCUCCCCAGGGGGCCUGGCCGCAGGCCCAGAACAAACGUGCGGGAUCUUCCCCCAGCUUUCACGUGGACGCCCGAAAGGGGGGCCCAAGUGUGGGGUAGCUGGACCAGUGCUUUCUUCGAGACCAUUCCUCCCUCCCUCGGGGCAGCUGGCCCAGGCUGCCCACUGCCUGUCUUUCUCACUCUUAAUGACCAAGUGCUGUGUUAACGAUGUUUGUACCAUAGUCGGCCUUCUGGCCUUGAGCCGGGGAUGUUUUGUAGCUCUAUUAAACUUGUCCUAAGAAACUA